GUAAUUCGAUAGCGAAACUGAUUACAAAAGUCUGUUUUGCAUUACGAUAACAAAAGAAUGUUUCGUAUCAUUUAUUUGCCUUUUUAGAUGCGUGCGCGUGGCAUCAAUGUUAUAAAAAUAAUACAAGGUCUUGUUUGAAGUUUGAGUCGUGUUGCAGCGUCCCCAUUUCUUAAGAGUUUAAUAGAAGUUAUAACACCUUUCAUGGUGAAAAUUGGUUAAUUUUCGACUAAAUAAUUUUUUAAUAUGAAUCAAGAAUAUGAAAAAAGGCUCUUUCGUCAGCAAAAUGGACAGACCAAUGAAUUGCUGCGAGUACCAACCCCCUUAAAAUCUCCAGGAAAAGAAUAUGGUGAUCGUUUUAUUCCAUGGAGAAAAUCAAACGACUGGCAAGUAAAUUAUACUUUAAUGCAAGAAAAUAACAAGUCAUUUGGACAAAAUAAAAAGGCCAAAGAUAACAGCUCCGACUGUUCUAAAGACGGUAUUGCAUACAAUUGCUUACUGAAGAAUGAACUUUUAGGUGCAGCUAUUGAAGACGUCAAAGAACAAGCUGAAGAACGUAAAGCAUUUGCACCAUGUGAAGGGCGAAAUUCCAAUUUGUUUUCUUAUAGAGUAUCUGAAAGUUCUGUGAUAAAUGAAGCGUCUUCACCAUAUUCCUUAUCACCCGUUAGUAGCAAAAGUCAAAAACUGUUAAGAUCACCUAGAAAAGCAGCAAGAAAAAUCUCCAGAAUUCCUUUUAAAGUCUUAGACGCUCCUGAAUUGCAGGACGAUUUCUACCUGAAUCUUGUUGAUUGGUCUUCCACCAACGUUUUAAGUGUUGGCCUUGGCACUUGUGUUUAUUUAUGGAGUGCUUGCACUUCUCAGGUCACUCGUCUUUGCGACUUAUCUGCUGAUGCUGACACUGUGACAUCUGUAUCUUGGGCAGAACGAGGACAUUUAGUUGCUGUUGGCACUCAUAAAGGUUUGGUGCAAGUUUGGGAUGUAGCUGGAACCAAAUGUGUAUCAGUUCUUGAAGGACAUUCAGCUAGAGUUGGUGCAUUAGCUUGGAAUGGGGACAUUUUAUCUUCUGGAAGUAGAGAUCGUUUGAUUCUUCAAAGAGAUGUCCGGACACCAUCAGUUACACCAGAACGCAGACUCGGAGGACACAGGCAAGAAGUGUGUGGUCUUAAAUGGUCACCAGAUAACCAACAUCUAGCAUCCGGAGGAAAUGAUAAUAAAUUAUUUGUAUGGAAUAUGAGCAGUCUAUCCCCUAUUCAAACUUACACAGAACAUCUUGCUGCUGUUAAAGCUAUUGCAUGGUCACCCCAUCAUCAUGGUUUACUUGCCAGUGGUGGCGGUACUGCUGACCGCUGUAUCCGUUUCUGGAAUACUUUAACCGGGCAACCCAUGCAAUGGAUUGAUACAGGCUCUCAAGUCUGUAAUUUAGCUUGGUCUAAACAUGCAUCUGAACUGGUUAGCACUCACGGCUAUUCUCAAAAUCAAAUUCUAGUGUGGAAAUAUCCAUCUUUAACCCAGGUAGCCAAAUUGACUGGUCAUUCAUAUCGAGUGUUGUAUUUGGCUAUGUCACCAGAUGGGGAAUCUAUUGUAACUGGUGCUGGUGAUGAAACAUUACGGUUUUGGAAUGUAUUUAGCAAAGCACGUUCCCAAAAGGAGGCUAAAUCUGCUUUGAAUUUAUUCACAAGUAUUCGCUAAUUUAUUUGCUUCCAGUUGCAUUUGCUGCUUCACUGAAUUAUUUCUGUGUUCAUAAUCUAUCAAAGAAAAAUAUUUCUGUAAUCAAACUCAUCCUGCAUCAUACUAAUUUUGUGUAAUCAUUAGCAUAUGGAUAUACCAAUUUUGUGUAUUUAUUAACAUCAUACUAAAUUUUGUUAUUAUUAGUUGAUUAGUUAAAAUUAAUUUUACAAUUGUUAUCUUUUGGUUAAUAUUGAUAAAUUUCUUGAACUGAAAAAUUAUUUAUUAAUAAAUGUUAUUUAAUUUGGAAAAAUAUUUCUAUUUAUAGCUAAUUAAUGUCAAAAUCACUUAAUCAUGUUAGGAUACAUAUCUUUUUACUGAUUCUGUAAAUUAUUUAACUAAUUAAAAAAAAUUCUUAGUACAUUCUUCCAACUGAAAAAAUUAUUUUUAAUGAAUCAAUGUUUUUGUUUGCUGUAAAGAUUCUUUUUUUAGUUUAAAAUAAUGCCAAACUAUAGAAAUAUAGAAUAAUUUUUGUACUUUAGUCAUUUUCAGUGAUAAUCUUGAACGAUAGAUAUUUUAAGUUACAGCAGCCCUGAAUUAAAAUAAUACUAAGGGUUAGCUUGUAAAGCUUAUAAUCCUUAACAUUUUAAUUGAACUGCUGGGUUACUUUUAUUCAUACCAUUUUAAAUGGAAUUGUAUGAAACGUGAUUUAAUAUGUUUAAUUAGCAUAUUUGUGAAAUAUUAUAUUUUUUAGAAGAUUUUGUGUAAAAAUCUUGCUUUUAAUAUAAUUUAUUUUAUGUAACUAAAGUUUCUAGUUACUUUUAUUUGUAAAAGGGUUUUUAAUUUUUUUUUUUUUUUUUAAAGUUAGUAUCUGAAGGUGGUAAAGUAUACCAAUCUUUCAAUACUAUUAGGUAAAGUUUUAUUGUUGCUGUUUGAUCUCAGAUUUAAUUACUUCUUUUUAUUUGUACCUGUUUUAUACAAUGUUUCUCAUAAAAAUUGUUAUACAUUUGAUGUUAUACAAAUCCUAUAUAAUUUUUUUUUUUUUUAAAUUUCUAAUUUACGCGGUUUAUAUCAUAUUUCUACAUAAUCUCAGGUUUUCUGAUACUAGAAUGUUGAAAAUGUGAAUUUUUUGGCUGAUUCCUUAUAUUUGAACCUAUUGUUUUCUGAAAACCUUUAAAACAAACUUGUCUCAUUAUUGGUGAUGCAGCCACCAAACUUUUGUAAAUAUCAAACCAGUUAUUUAAAAGAAUUCACCUAUUUGCUAAGAAAUUAACGUAUUACUAAGGACAUUUUUAGAAUGUAUAAUUCAUUUUGAAUUUUUUGCUUAUCUUAUUUCUUUAAUUUAUUUUUUUCAUUGCUAAUUUUCUAGUUAUGACGAAACUAUAAUUUGUUGAAUUUCUCUUAAUGUGAAAUUUUAGCUAGGAGUUUUGCUGAAUUCAGAAUGCUAUUUAUUUGAAAGGGAAAAUAUACCAUUCAGACAACAGAAGUUAUUAUUAGACUUAUUAGAAUAUGGUUGUAUUUUCAUCCUACUUUUUGUUUCAGUAAUUUAAGUUCUAUUUUAAGUAAAUUUGGUUUAAUAUUAAUGCGCAGAUGAAAUGCAAGAAUUUUUUCCCACUUUAUUAAUGUUUCUUUAUACACUUAAUUUUAAAAAAAAGCGUUUUGUAUUUAAAUUAUAUGAAAUAAUAUAAAAGCAGACCAUUUUUAUUUAAUUGUAUGUUUAUUAGACAAUGUCAGUUUUUUAAAAAAAAAAAAAAAAAAUUCAAACUUAGUACAUGGUUAUUGAACGAUUCAGUAUAUUGGUGUUAAUUAUAGUAUAUCUAGUAUUUUAUGUAUAGGUAAAUAUUUAUUUAUUAACAAUUUCUUUUUGAAAAUUUUUUAAUAGUUUCUUUGUCCAUUAAAUAGUAAACUUUGUUUUUUUUUUAAGCUAUUUCAGAUAUAUUUUUAAAAACAAAUCUAAUUAAUGAUAUUGAUAUUUUAAAAAACAAUAGAUAAGAAAUCUCAAUCAGCAUCUAAUUAAAAGAAAUUUGAAAUUUAGUUGUUGACUGGUGCAUAAUUAUGUUCAAUGAAAACUUUUUUAUUAAUCUAAUUUUUAUUUUCAGAAGAUGUGUAAGAAAAUUAUGCAUUAUGUACAUCUUUUUAAUUGUAAUAAUCUUUAAAAGGCUGAACCACCACAGGAUUCCAAUUCUCUUAAUAUACAAUCAAUUAUUCUAAUACCUAAUCUGUUAAAAAUCUAAGUUUAAAUAGUGUUCUAAAUUAAAAUUGUCUGUCAUUGUUCUUAGUGCAAUUGUUUUAAAGCAUUUAGUAAGUAGGUAUUGUAUAGAUUUCUUAUUUAUUAUUCAGAUUUUAUAUUUAGUUUAUUUUUGUUUUUGAAUUUUAAAAUUUUUUAGGAGGUUGCUGUUUGGGUCAGCCUUUUAUAAAUUAUUAUUGAUAAAUUAUUCUAGUGAACUUUAUUGUAAUAGUAUUUUAUUGUUUAUCUCGCAUUAUAAGUUAUAGCUUCCAAAACUAUUUUUGUGUACAUGUUUUUAAAAAAAAUGUAAAAUGUUUAUUUUACUUGUAAAUUUAGUAUUAAUCUUAAGUGAUAAAUUAGUACUGUAAUAAAAUAGUCUUCAAAGAAUGAUUUAUCUUGUUGAGUUUAAAUGUUAAUAUGUAUGUUUCAGAAUAAAUAUUUAAAAUUUCUUUUAAA